AGCAUGAAAUGAAGGGUGAAGUGCAGGCUAUGCUUGUCUGCAUAUGUCCUUAUAUUCGUUCACACAAUUUCGAAUAGUUAAUUUCAAACCUAGAGAAUGACAGGUAUGUUUGUUUGAUCGAAGCACAAAAGAAUUAGAAUAUAGUUAAGCAAAGACGAGCAUUUUUGGCUUUUAAGAAUUGCACGAUACAGCAAUCCGAAUUUCUGGGUCUCUGCUUCAAAUCGAUUAUAUGAAUCGAACUCAUUAAUUUGUUGACCAUUGGGUUUGGAAAUGGAUUGCGGGGUGCAGUGCAAUGGCGCAUUCUGCAGUGGCGGGACACCUGAAGCCUCUUCGUCUUGCUCUUCUUCUUCCUUAGUUUGUGGUAAUGGAAGGAAGGGGAAAACGGGGAACGAAAUCCAUAGCUUUUGCUCAAAGUGCAAGGAGAAAGAAGCCCAAGUGAAGGCCAACCAGACGGAAGGACUGUGCGGGGAUUGCCUUCACGCCACUCUCCUGGCUAAAUUCAAGGGAGCAGUGAAUUCUAAUGGCAUGAUCCUGCCAACAGACAAACUACUCCUCGCAUUUUCUGGAGGCCCAGCUUCUAGGGUUGCUUUGGAGUUCAUACGAGAAAUUCAAUCUAAAGUACAGAGAGAUUCAGAUGCAAGCAAAGACAAUAGUCUUCGUAUAUUUCAAUUUGGAGUGGCUUUUGUGGAUGAGAGUGCAGCAUUGCAACUCACUUUUCAUGAAGCAUGUCAGGUGAUUGAAGGGAUCAAGUCCAUUGUUUCUGAUAAAGUACAUCAACAAGAGGAUCUGCAUAUUGUCCCCAUUGAAAGCAUUUGGUCCACAGAUGAUUCAGAUGGCAAACAAAAAUUGUCAGAUUUGUUAGAAAGCAUGCAAGAUGCAACGGGAAAGGAAGAUUUGCUGGGUUACAUUCGAUUGCAAGUCUUACAGAAGAUUGCUGUAGAACAUGGCUAUAGCAAGUUGAUUUUAGGUCUGUGUACAACAAGGAUUGCAACGCAUGUAGUUGCCUCAACCGUAAAGGGACAAGGAUACUGUUUACCUGGAGAUGUGCAGUAUGUUGAUGCAAGAUGGAAGGUUCCUGUUCUUCUUCCUCUCCGAGAUUGUGUUGCAAAAGAGCUAACCAUGCUUUGUCAUGUAAAUAGUUGGAAGACAAUUUUCACAAAAGCUUUAUCUACACUUGCUGGUUCUCAUUUCAGUGUGAACAGUUUAGUAGAAUCAUUCGUUGCAUUGUUGCAGGAAGAAAAUCCUUCGAGAGAGCGUACAAUAGCGCGAACAGCAGAGAAACUUAAACCCUUUGGCUUCAACAGACUUCCAGAAACUGAUACUGUUCGCCAGUUGUCUCAUAGGAGGAGUGAUGCCUCACAACAUUGCAGGAGUGAUGAUAAUACCUCUUUAGAAUUGCUUUGUCCAAUUUGUAGUGCUCCAUUGAACGAGAAGGAUUUCAUGGAGAUUAGAAAGGGUUUUGGGACUAAUUUAGACUUGACAUCUUUACAAGCAGCCCUUAAAAAUAGAGAAACAAGAUUGGAUUUGCCUUCACCAGUAUUUCAUUGCUUGUGUUGUCCUAGUUGUCAAUUUCAGAUUCUCCAGGAACAGAAGCCAUCUGGUCAGUUUGUUUAUUCACUGUUACCAGAUAUAAUGAAGAAGAGAGCAAUAGAAAAUAUCAUUUCAAAUGAUAGUUGGAUGAGGAGGCGAAUUGAGGAUUGCUUGUUUUCUGAUGACGAUGGAGAUGAAGUUCAGGAUGCUGACUUGGAGGAGGUGACAAAGAAGAUGGAGAAGUUUGGAAAGUAAAGUGCAUUUCUGGGUUGUCACGACAUGUUUUUAAUCCAAAUGAUGGUGAUGGAUAAGUCACACACUAUCUUGCACAUGACAAUCUCAUUAUUAACUUGAUGGAGAUAAUAACUUUGCGGUGAUCUAAUAUGCAACAUAGUGGCAGAGUUGAGCAAUCAUAAUUAUCAAUCUGUCAUAAUCGCUUUCACUGCAAACUCUCGUCUUAACUUAAGUCAAAAUGUGCAAACCUCUCGAGUGUUUUUGUAAAAUCUAGCUAAUUUAAGGAUUGAACAUUUUCUCGCAUCAGUCAAUAUUUGUAUACUUUUGAGUUUAAAUCAUAUCUAUAAGAAGGGAAUGAUAUGAAA